UCUUGAAAACAAACGCCAAAUUUCUGACGUUUAGUUACCAACUCUGUUGGUAUCUGACUGAAUAUUUUUACAAUCAAUAUUUGUAACACAGUUUAAAAAUUUAUCGCGUCACAAACACGGAUCCGCGUUUAUAAAUAACAAUCAUCGGUUUUCCGCUUCGCGUAAUUUUGUGGGAUCGCCCCGAAAUACGGAGAGUGGGGGAUUACAAUAGAUUAGAGAUCUCGCAAAACAAUACAAAAGUGACUAACCAUCCAAACACUGUGAAGUAGGUUACAGGUUUAGGCGUAGCAAGUGGAACUGUACCACAUAACUCUAAUAUCUAAUAUAACAAAUUACAAACACAAAAUAGCAAUCAAUUAUAUUAAAACAAAACAGGUAGACACGCCUUCAAAAACAAUCCAGUGAAGCACCAUGGCGAAGAAACCGGCAGUUCAAGCCCUACACAAAGUUAUAAUGGUCGGCAGCGGAGGUGUCGGCAAAUCAGCCCUUACCCUGCAGUUCAUGUAUGAUGAGUUCGUGGAGAACUAUGAGCCCACCAAAGCUGAUUCGUAUCGCAAGAAGGUGCUCCUCGACGGUGAGGACGUCCAAAUCGACAUCCUGGACACGGCGGGACAGGAGGACUAUGCCGCAAUCAGAGACAAUUAUUUCAGGAGUGGUGAAGGAUUCCUCUGUAUCUUUUCUAUAACCGAAGAUGAAAGUUUUCAAGCUACACAAGAAUUCCGGGAACAGAUUUUAAGGGUGAAAAACGACGAAAACAUUCCGUUUUUGCUAGUGGGGAACAAGAGUGAUUUGGAUGAUAAGAGGAAAGUGUCUUUUCAAGAGGCGAGCGACAGGGCCAAGAAAUGGGGUGUCCCGUAUGUUGAAACAUCAGCCAAAACAAGGGAACAUGUUGAUAAGGUAUUUUAUGAUUUGAUGCGGGAGAUCCGCGAGAGAAAAAUGGAGGAGAACAAGACGAACAACGGCAGAGGGAAGGACAAGAACAAGAAGAAAAAACUGAAGUGCACAAUCCUCUAAGUUGGUGUGAACGUGUAAAUGUGUUUUAAUUUUAGUAUGCUUGAAUAUUUGCUUUACAUGUACGUCUCGCAAUUUUGUUAUCAAAGAUGGUUCUAUUUCCGUAUCGCCGAACGCGUUUUUUGAAUGCGGACGAUGUGUGGACCUUGAUUUUUUAAUUAAGGUUUGAUCCUUUUUAGAUUGAUGGAGUUCUCAAAGCAGACUUUAAUGAUAAUGUGAAUUUAAUCUGAAAAGAAUCAAAAUACUUAUUUGUUGUAAGUUAAGAUAUACAUAUAUAUUAUUAGUUUUUUACUUUUGAAAUAUACAAGUAAGAUAAGUCACUGUCUAAUUUUCACUGUUUUCGUUGACGGACGUGUUCAGUAUAUUAUACCAAUAUAAACGGUAGUUUUUAAGUAUUUAUUGUUAUUUUUGGGUUUAAUUUUGUAAAAUUAUUUAUAGACCAAAAAAUUUUAGUUUUAACAACCACAAAUACUCUUUAAAUUACUUGUUUCGAUGCGUCAUCACAAUUUUCUUGCACGUUGUGUUAUUUGCGGUUUACGUAUGUUUAAAAAUAAUCAUAAUCGAGCUUCUGUUUCAUUAGAAUAACAAUGAGCAAACAGAAAUAUAUACAACAAAGUUUUUAUAACGAAAUGUACUAUUUUGGCUAAUGUUUUUUUGAUCUUAAUGUUUAUACUGCCAAGGCAAAUAACAAAAUAAAUUUUAUUCACAAAAUUAA